AUGCGAAGUGGACCACAAGAUCAAGUCCUUCUCAUUUCAACAAGAUUGCCUAUCUCUGGGAGCAAACAGCAUGAGGACGAAAACGAGGAAGAUUUCAAUGAUGAUGAUCCUCUAAUGUUCGCAAAACCGUUUGGCCUUUCCGAUCGAUCAAGCUUGAAACAAGUUGUGCUUCCUGGACAUAUCUAUAGAUUUGUGCAAGGAUCAUCAGGCUCUUCGUUUGUGUUACUUUUAGACGAAAAUGGAACAAUGUAUGGGUACAGCUUGGAUUUUUCAAAACGAAGUAACAUCCCUAACGCCACAAAUUGGAGUAUGAUUGAUUUUUCUGAGCCCGUUGAGCAAAUUGCUUGUGGUAUGAGAUUUUACGUAUUUAAAACCAGAUCAGGAGUCGUUUACUCCGCUGGAAACAAUGAAUGCGGGCAAAGAGGUGUGGGCCAAGGUGCCUCAGGUGACAUUCUUCCUGUUAAAUUCACGACUGGUGUCGACGGUUCUUCGGUAAUGAAGUCGGUGGUAAAAAUUAGCUGUGGAUAUCAGCAUACAAUAUUAUUGACCAGUGAUGGAAAAUUAUAUGGUGCUGGCUGCAGCUAUCAGUCACAGCUGGGAAAAGUUUCUGGUGACAUUACAUAUUUAUUUUGCCCUUUGGAGUCACCCUCAUUUUCUUCAAACUAUGGAAAAAUAAUUGAUGUUCAAACAUUAUAUUUCAGUAGCAUUUGUCUUACUGAUAAGGGAUUUUGCUUUGUAGCUGGAGCUUUGAAUUAUAAUCAGAUUAUAGAAGCAAAUAAUUGGACUCUAGUUCCAUCAACAAUCCUCAGCACUCCCAUUAGAUCCAUUUACGCCUCUUGCAAUUCUGUAUUUUUCAUUGGAGAAAAUUGUGUAUAUACAACAACAAGUUCCAAGAACUAUUUGGAAUCAUCUGAUCAAGUUAACACACACGAAACCAGUACAGUAUGCAGUAUUCCGUUCCUAAAAAACAAAAAUAUUCAAAAAAUAUUUGGCAAGGAACUUUUUCACUUUAUUUCAGAUCACAAUGUUUAUAUCUGUCACAACCCAGGAGAAGAUAUAAGCGCCUCACAAUUGAUGGGAAUUGACCAUCCACCGAUUAAUACGGACACAUCUUUUCAAAAACCAGUUUGGUUGGAAGUUCUGCCAUUAUCCAAAAUUUUGUGGAGCCAUGAUCUCACAAUAUUGAACGCCUUUUCUUUCGUCAUGUAUCUUUGCGACAAGAAGGUUAGCAUGGAAAUUGUUGAAAAUCUUAGCAACAUCUAUCAAUAUCAGUAUAAUACGACAAACGAUGAGGAAAAUCCAAAGCAUGUUUUCUAUGAUGUGGAUGUUUUGUUUUAA